AUGAGAAUCCCGAUCUCCAAAAGUACAGAGGCUACAUGGAAACAGAUCAAAUUGAACGACCGAGCUGUUCGCGCCGAGGAUCAGGAUGAUGCAUUAACAACGAGGUUGUAUUUCGGGCAGGGCCCAUGUGGAAAGAACAUGAGGCAAUACCUACGAGAAUUCGAGGGCCACCAGCGAUAUCUGGGCCCCAAGGACAUUUGGAGAAGGAAAGGGACAGUGGGAUAUGGCAUAACGAUGAAGAAGGACAAAGGGGAAUGUACCACGAUCAGGAUUCAGUCAUAUGAUCGAUAAUGUUUAUUUUGAAGCAAAUCAACUGCAACCAUUAUCUAUUUUCCCAUCAUAUUAUCGUGUAGCAUGAGACAUGCAAUCUGAUGCUCACAGAGAUCUUCAUUCGCAAUCUGUAAUUUUUUACGAUGGUCGGUGUUCAACGAAUUGAGGCUUAGACAUCCGGUACGCCGCAAACAGUGAGCUGACAACUGUUUGUAGUCCCCAAGGCACCUCUCGCCUAG